AUAGGGCUGCCCCGCGGGCGGGGCCGGCUUCCCGGGGCGCCCCUGACAGCUGCGGGAGCUAGCCCCUACCUAGGAGCUGGACCGGCCACACCACCCCUCUGGUGACCCGGCCCCGGUGCGCUGGUCCAUGCUGGUCCCCGCCUUUGUUCUCGGGCCGGAGCGGGGACAUGCACGGCUGACGAUGGAAGUGGAGGACUCGGGCGGCGUGGUGUUGACCGCCUACCACUCGUACGCUCGCUCUCAGCCGCCCAGCUCCGAGCCGCGCUGUGCGCCCAGGGCCGCCGCCAGCCACCCGGGCAGCAGAAAAUCUAUUCCUCGCUGCCGAAGAAUUAACAGAAUGCUCUCCAAUGAGUCCCUACAUUCGCCUGCAUUUAACCGUUCCAACUCACAAGCCUCCAUAGACAGCACCUCCAUGGAGGACUUCUUGCGGGAAAUAGAAAGCAUUAAAGAGAGUAGCAUGAGAGCACAGGAAGAGCAGAUACCAGCUGAGGUCAAGCCUGUGGAUGAAGGAGAACUCGAAGCAGAGUGGUUGCAAGAUGUGGGUUUAUCAACCUUGAUCUCGGGUAAUGAAGAGGAGGAUGGCAAAGCCUUGCUCUCUACGCUGACUCGAACCCAAGCAGCUGCAGUGAAAAAGAGAUACAAUACUUACACUCAAACCAUGAGAAAAAAGAACAAGCAAUCUGUUAGGGAUGUCAGAGACAUCUUUGGAGUCAGCGAAUCUCCUCCAGGUGAUACCUGUGACAAUCAUACUGCUCAGUUGGAUGGUCCCCAGGAGGAAAAAGAGCUGCCAGGAGUUAUGAAAACAAGUGAUUCCUUGCCAGAUGAUGCUUCUCUCAACAGUACCGCCCUGUCAGAUGGGUCCCCAGAUGAAGAAGGGAGUUUUACAGUUCCCAGGAGUGGCUCUGUGUCUAUACUUGAGACCAUUCCAGCUCUACCAGUUCAUUCCAAUGGAUCUCCAGACCCUGGACAGUCAGUUCAGAAUGCAGUGAGUGAUGAUGUUUAUCUGGAAAAGAACAUUCCACCAGAAACUGAAGAGCUGUCCUUCGAAGUAUCUUAUUCAGAAAUGGUUACAGAAAUUCCAAAAAGAAACAAAUUUAAGAAGUCCGAAUUUAAGAAAGAGGACUUCGCCUUAACUAAAUUUAUUGUCCAGAAAACCAGAUUCGGUCUAACUGAAGCAGGAGACCUGUCUUCUGAAGAUAUGAAGAAGAUCCGCCAUCUGUCUCUGAUUGAACUGACUGCCUUUUUUGAUGCCUUUGGAAUCCAACUGAAAAGAAACAAAACUGAGAGAGUAAAAGGACGAGACACUGGAAUUUUUGGAGUUCCGCUCACAGUCCUGUUGGACAAUGACCGAAAGAAGGAUCCUGGGGUGAAGGUUCCCCUGGUGUUGCAAAAAUUUUUUGAGAAAGUUGAGGAAUCAGGCCUGGAAUCUGAAGGAAUUUUUCGACUUUCUGGAUGUACCGCCAAAGUCAAGCAAUACCGUGAAGAACUGGAUGCCAAGUUUAAUUCUGAUAAAUUUAAAUGGGACAGAAUGUGCCAUAGAGAAGCUGCAGUAAUGUUGAAAGCAUUUUUCAGAGAACUACCCACCUCUCUCUUCCCCGUGGAAUAUAUACCUGCCUUCAUCACUCUAAUGGAAAGAGGGCCUCCCAUCAAAGUACAGUUUCAAGCUUUACACCUCAUGGUCAUGGCCCUGCCCGAUGCCAACAGAGACACAGCUCAGGCCCUCAUGACAUUCUUCAAUAAAGUGAUUGCCAACGAAUCAAAAAACCGAAUGAGUGUAUGGAACAUUUCUACUGUAAUGGCACCAAACCUUUUCUUCAGUAGAAGCAAACAUUCUGAUUAUGAAGAACUACAGUUAGCAAACACUGCAGCCCACAUCAUCCGCCUAAUGCUUAAAUACCAAAAGAUUCUGUGGAAGGUUCCAUCUUUCCUAAUCAUGCAAGUCAGAAGAAUGAACGAAGCUACGAUGCUGUUAAAGAAGCAGCUCCCAAGUGUCAGAAAGCUGCUGAGGAGGAAGACCAUAGAACGAGAGGUUAUAAGCCCCAAGACUUCAAAGGUACUACAAAAAUCACCCUCUUCAAGAAGAAUGUCUGACGUGCCGGAAGGAGUCAUAAGGGUCCAUGCUCCACUUCUCUCUAAGGUGUCCAUGGCCAUUCAACUCAAUAGUCACACCAAAGCCAAAGACAUACUGGCAAAAUUUCAAUAUGAGAACAGUUAUGGUUCAUCAGAAUGCAUUAAGAUUCAGAACCAACGGUUAUAUGAAAUUGGAGGAAAUAUAGGGCAGCAUUGCUUGGAUCCAGAUGCUUAUAUAUUGGAUGUAUAUCACGUCAAUCCUCAAGCAGAGUGGGUGAUUAAACCCCAACCAAGUUUUUGAAACACCCUCCAGGAUGGCAGCUAUCAUGUAUCACAUGCCAAGAAGAUUCUGCAUGUGGUAGGGAAAAAAACAAGACUACUUUUGACAUGUUUGCUCCAAUAACUCUCUUGGUGUUUCUCAGCCCAAGUGGUGUCUCCCAGCGUUGUCAACAUGAACCAUGGAGGAGGCACUGGUUGGCUGUUUGAGCUGGGGCUUUCUCCUAUGAUUCCUUGAUAAGAGUGAAGGAAAGAUGAUGCGAUCCUUCCAGAAGAAAGGCCAAUCUAGUAUGUGGAACUCUAAUCAUUUCUAGUACUUUGGUUUCAUAUCAGAAAUGAAUUUGGCCCUAUACCUAGAGAUAAGAAACACUUCUUUAUGUAGCAAAUGCUACCAAAGACAAGAGGUAGAAGAGAAUUGUUUUCAUACCUGUGUUAUAUACAUAGGUGGACCUUUUUGAACAAGAAUGCCAGAAAUAUCAAUAAUUUUUGCUCUGUAAAAUAAUCCAGAUCUACUUUUCAAAGGGAAUCGGUUCCUAAAGUUAUGCAUACAAUAUUUAUGCUCUGACUUGCUCCCAAAUUGGAGGAGGGCGAACUCCUGUUGAAGGAACACUGUAUUGUUAUGUAUGUUGUACUGUAUUAUAACUAUCAGCAUUCUGGUGCAAAUGACCAUUUCUCUAUUGUGGACUAUUGAAAAUUGAUAUUUUUAAAGCUUCUUUUCUGAUGAGCACUGGUCCGUAUAGCAAAGGUUAGUCUGAAAGAGGGUGUCCUUAUUCUUUCGUAACCUUCUGCGUGGUUAAUAGUCACAGAACCACUAUUUUCUCCUCAUGAUUCUGGUGCUCAACGAAUAGCUUUCUCUGUGCCAGACACAGAUUUCCUUUCCUGAUCAAACAUAUCAUUUUUUAUAUUUCACAACUGUAGAUAGUCACUUCUGCCACCCCAGUUUAAAAAUAUAGAACUGCCUUUAUCCAACUGUUCUUUAUCCAAGAAUACUGAAAAAUAGUGUCAUAUCCAGAUUUUAUAUGCUGUAAAAGCAUAUUUUGUUUCUGUUCAUCAACCAUAGACAUGGCCAAGCACUGUGGACUAGCCUCAGGCUUUAAAAUCAGAUGCAGCUUUGGUGAGCUGGAAACUGUCUCACUGUGAAGAUCCUGUGGAAGCAUUUUCCAGACCGGCACUUGGUGAGAACAUACAGUUCUCCAUGAGCUAAUGGAGAACAAAUCUGAAAUGUGCCAAGGGGUCAGACGGCUCCGCCUUUCAUCUUGAGACUGCAGAUACAGUUCUUCUAGGGUCAGUAGAAUUGGGGACAGAAAUCUCAUUUAUCCCACAUGCAUGCUUUGGAUUAGAAUCGACAGAUUGAGAUGUUGAUGAAUUUGUAUCAAUUUUAAUGAGAUUUAAUGCCCAGAUGACUCUCUUUUGCAGUUCAAACAAUAAAGUUGCUCACAGAUACAGAAGACAUUUCAUCUACUUACCAAUUCUCAAAACGUAAUAUGAUGAUAACUGAAGCCCAUGUAUAGAAGAAAUCUUUUAUAUGCUGCAUUAUGCCUUGAUAUCUCUUAAAACAUUGUUUGUAUUCACCAUGUAGAUAAUUGUGUUUCUGGCCACUAAUAUUUUGUUAUAUUUUUAUAAAAAACUCAAAUAUCCAUUCAUUUUAUUUGUUUGAGAAUUUUUAUUUCCUGUGCCUGAAAACCCAUUUUGAGAUAAAUGCGUUUUAUCACUUUUUAUUUAUUCCUACAUUUCAUCAGUUUUCCAUGGUUGGCUAAUCAAUGGCAUGCAAGUUUACAUAAUGAAUUUCAAGAGUCCAAAAAAAUGCUCUCAUCAUUUU